CAAACAUGCACAUUGGUAUGAAGUUAUUGCCAGUUGUACUUGAUGCUUUCAGGCUUGUACCUUAAUAUUGGAGUGUAUAAUAUAUGUGCACACGUCGGUGUGUGUACUUCGGGUUGGAGGAUUGGGGAGGACAAGGAGAUGACUAUUGCCCUAAAUCACCGUAUGCAUGUCUGUGUGUAUGUGUGUGUAAAUGAGGUCACUGAUAGACGGGCUUAAAUUGCACGCCCACGCUAUAAAAGCCGGUUUUACUUCAACCAUCUACACAUGCAAUCAACUUAUCAACUCGUACUCUAGAAAUGGGUUCAUGCAAGGAGUCCACAAGCUGUUCGAUGAAAUGCCUGAACGAAAUGUAUUCACUUGGAAUGCCAUCAUUUGGGCUCACAUAAAAUCUCAGAAUUUGACGCAAGCACAACACAUGUUUGACUCUGCUCCACACAGAGAUUCAGUCACGUACAACUCAAUGCUGUCCGGAUACGUAAGUGCAGAUGGGUAUGCAAGUCACGCACUGAAAUUAUUUCUUGAAAUGCAAUCGAGGAGGGAUGAAACUAGGAUCGAUGAGGUUACUCUCACAACAAUGCUUCACUUGACUGCGAAGUUGGGCGUUUUGUCUUAUGGAAGACAAUUGCAUUCAUUUAUGGUGAAAACUGGCAACAAUUGGAGUAAGUUUGCUGUGAGUGCUCUCAUUGAUAUGUAUUCAAAAUGCCAGUGUUUUCAAGAAGCAUGUCUAGCUUAUAAUGGAUGUGGCGGUGGAGUGGUUGAUUUGGUGUCGAAGAAUGCAAUGGUUGCGGCUUGUUGUAGGGAUGGGGAUUUGGAAAAGGCCCAAAAUGUUUUUUGGAGUGAAUCAGAGUUAAAUGAUACAGUCUCUUGGAACACAAUGAUUUCGGGUUAUGCACAAAAUGGGUAUGAAGAGGAGGCAUUGAAGUUGUUUUGUCAUAUGGCAGAGGAUGGUGUUAGAUGGAAUGAGCACACUUUUGCGAUUGUUUUGAGUGCUUGUGCCAGUAUAAGGUGUUUAGGUAUUGGAAAGGAGGUGCAUGCUUGGGUUUUGAAACAUGGGUUGGAUUCGAAUCCGUUUAUCAGCAGUGGCAUUGUUGAUCUUUAUUGCAAGUGUGGCAAAAUGAGAAAUGCCGAGUCAGUUCAUGCAGCGAUUGGAAUAAUGCAAAACUCCUUUUCAAUCACUUCAAUGAUUGUGGGGUAUUCAUUUCAAGCUAACAUGGUAGAAGCCAGAAGGCUUUUUGAUUCAUUAGCUGAGAAGAAUCAUGUUGUUUGGACUGCUAUGUUCUCUGGGUACACGAAAUCCCAGCAAUGUGAGGCUAUUUUUGAGCUAUUUGACGAGUUCAAAACUAAGGAUGCCACUGUUACUGAUGCUUUGAUACUUGUUAGCGUGCUUGGCGCUUGUGCAAUACAAGCCUCUAUCGAUCCUGGAAAACAAAUUCAUGCUUACAUAUUGAGAAUGGGAAUUGAAAUGAAUGAGAAACUGAUCAACGCCGUUGUUGAUAUGUACUCAAAAUGUGGGAAUAUAGUGUAUGCACAAAGAAUUUUCAAAAGAGUUGGUGCUUACAGAGAUGCAAUCCUUUACAAUGUAAUGAUAGCUGGUUAUGCUCACCAUGGUUGUGAAAAAGAAGCUAUCUUACUUUUUGAGGAAAUGCUGGAUAGUGGGAUCAGACCCGAUGCAGUCACCUUUGUGGCACUUCUUUCAGUGUGCCGUCACAGUGGCUUAGUAGAAUUGGGUGAGAAAUACUUCCAUUCCAUGACAAACUACCAUGGCAUAUCACCGGAAAUUGAUCACUAUGCAUGCAUGAUUGAUUUGUAUGGGAGGGCUAAUCAACUAGAAAAGGCUGCGGCAUUUAUGAAAGAUAUUCCUAUAGAACUAGAUGCUGUGAUAUUGGGAACAUUUCUGAAUGCUUGCAAAAUAAACAGUAAUGUAGAACUUGCAAGAGAGGCAGAAGAGAAGUUACUGAGGAUUGAAGGAGAUAAUGGCGCGCGAUAUGUGCAGUUGGCUAAUGUCUACGCUGCAGACGGGAAGUGGAUUGAUAUGGGGAGAAUAAGGAAGAAGAUGAGAGGGAAGGAGGUGAAGAAGCAUGCUGGUUGCAGUUGGGUGAAUGUGGGGAACAGAGUUCAUAUCUUCACCUCUGGUGAUAGAUCUCACUCUGAAACAGAGUCUAUCUAUUGUAUUUUAGUUGGCUUGACUGCAGAACUAAAUUAUGUAGAGCAGAUAGAAACUAGAGCUAAAGCCAAUCUAAUGUCAAUAUGCUAGCACAAUUGAUCUUAGGAUGCUUUGGGGGAUAGAAAUUGUUGUUCAAAGUGAAUAUGUGAAGCAUGAUUUUGGCAUGCAGGGUCGAUGGAACCACCAUUAAUUUCUAAAAGUACUAUUACUUUGUCCGAAUUCGAACUGCAAAUCAUUUUCCAAAUUUGAAAAUUUUAAUUAUGAUGCCUUUAGAACAGUGGUUUUGUAAUGCAUCCGGUUGAAAAUUAUUAGGUGCUUUAAGAGACUCGACACCAUCGUCCACACACCAACAAAACAAAACAAAAAAAUAAAAAAUAAAAAAUAAAUCCUAAAUUUUGGUCCUUAAAACUCGGAAAAUUUUAAUUUAUUCCCAUUCACAAAAAAUUUCAUCACAUUUAUUUAUUAGCCCUAGAGAUAGUGAAUUUGGAAUAAACAUAACUCGU